AUGUCUCUUCUUAUCAAGAACGGAACCAUUGUCAAUGAUGACGCCAUGUUCAAGUCGGAUGUCUUGGUGCACGAUGGAAAGAUUGUAGAAAUCGCACCAUCUAUCGAUCCAACUCCAGGACUUGAAGUUGUCGAUGCCACUGAUCGUUUUGUGAUUCCCGGAGGAAUCGAUCCUCACACUCAUAUGCAGCUUCCAUUUAUGGGAGAAGUUGCUAAAGAUGAUUUUCACAGAGGAACUGAAGCUGCUGUCGCGGGAGGCACUACUAUGAUUAUUGACUUUGUGAUUCCAACCAAAGGCGAAUCCCUCCUGGUGGCUUAUGAUCGUUGGAGAGGAUGGGCUGAUCCAAAAGUUGUUUGCGAUUAUGGAUUGUCAAUGGCAAUUACCAGUUGGGGACAAGAAAUCGCCAAGGAAAUGGAGAUGGUGACUAAGGCGGAUUACGGCAUCAACUCCUUCAAAUUCUUCCUUGCCUACGCUGGAGUUUUCAUGGUUCGAGAUGAAGAAUUCUAUCAAGGAAUGCUCCAAUGUGCCAAACUCCGCGCUUUGGCUCGUGUGCACGCGGAGAACGGAGCUGUCAUUGCUGAAAGAUGCGAACAUCUACUCUCAUCUGGAAUCACGGGACCAGAAGGACACACUCAGUCGCGACCAGAAGAGUUGGAGGCAGAAGCCACAUUCCGUGCAUGCACUAUGGCUUCGCAGGCGAACUGCCCAUUGUAUGUGGUCCAUGUUAUGUCCAAGGGAGCUGCCGCCGCUAUUGCUCAUCACAGAAAGAAGGGAGCUGUGGUGUUUGGAGAACCAAUUGCUGCUGGAUUAGCAACUGAUGGAAGUCAUUAUUAUAACGAAGAUUGGCUCCAUGCUGCUAGAUAUAUCAUGUCUCCACCACUUUCUCGUGAUCCAUCCACUCCAAAUGCUCUCAUGAAGCUCUUGGCUGCAGGCGAACUUCACUUGACAGCUACUGACAAUUGUACAUUCGACUGCCACCAAAAAUCUCUUGGAAAAGAUGAUUUCACGAAAAUUCCAAAUGGAGUUAACGGUGUUGAAGACAGAAUGUCAGUGGUUUGGGAUAAGGGAGUGCAUGCUGGAAUCAUUGAUCCAAUGAAGUUCGUAGCUGUCACUUCCACAAUGGCUGCCAAAAUCUUCAAUUGUUAUCCACGGAAAGGAAGAAUCGCCGUUGGAUCUGAUGCGGAUAUUGUUGUUUGGAAUGCGAACGCUACUAGAACUAUUUCAAAGGAUACCCAUCAUCAUGCCAUCGAUUUCAAUAUUUUCGAGGGAAUGCAAGUCCAUGGAGUUCCAGAAACUACAAUCUGCCGUGGUCGUAUCGUUUGGGCUGAUGGACAAUUGAGAACUGUUCAGGGAGCUGGACGAUUCGUUCCUCUUCCUCCAGAUUCUCAAAUCGUCUUCUCCGCUGUCGACAACCGUGGCAAAGCUUUGGAACCAGUGAAAGUGGAACGUGCUCCAUAUGUUGCAACGACGCUCGAGGCUCCCGAUGCUAAUGCUAACAUUGUUGUUAAAACUAGAAGUGCUGUUCCACCAGGAGGUAUCAGCAGUAUUCAAUUCUAA